AUGUCCACAUCCAGCCCUGCCGCCAAGCGCCAAAAGUCGUCCAAAGACGAGCCAUACCACCUCAUCUACUGGUCAGGUCUUCCUGGCCGUGGUGAGCACAUCCGCCUCGCCCUCGAGGAGGCCGGCGCAGAGUACACCGACACCGCCCACAUCGAGGGCGGCGUCAAGGAGGUAUUGGCCCUGAUCGAUCCCGAAAACACCGGCGACGACGACAUCAACGUGCCGUUAUGUGCCCCACCCAUGCUCAAGCACGGCGACCUGCUCAUCAGCCAGACCCCUAACAUCUUGCUAUACCUCGGCCCCAGGCUCGGUCUGAUCCCCAGCCCCGAGGAAGAUGUGGAUGGGAUCUAUCGUGUCAAUGCUCUGGCCCUUACUGCCCUCGAUGGCCUAAGCAACGAGGUGCACGACUGUCAUCAUCCCAUCGCUACUAACUUGUACUACGAGGACCAAAAAGAGGAAAGUCUCCGAAGAAGCAAGGACUGGGUUGCCAACCGCCUUCCCAAGUUCCUAGGCUACUUUGAGCGUGUGCUCAAGAGCAAGGCCAGCGGUGACGGGCCGUGGCUGUACCAUGGCCAAUUGACGUAUGCCGACUUGGUGCUUUUCCACUGCUUGGAUGGUACCAAAUGGCAGUUCCCGAAGGCCAUGAAGAAGAUGCAGGAUUCUGGCAAGUAUGAUGGCGUUUUCAAACUCUAUGAAGCUGUCAAGGAGCGGCCCAAGAUCAAAGCCUAUCUCGCAAGCGACAGACGACAAAAGUUUGGUAUGGGCAUUUAUCGCAACUAUGCAGAACUUGACGUGACAGAGUGA